CCCUGGUGCAGCCACAGCUAGCGCUGAUCAGCCUCCGCACGUGAGACUUUCCCGGCCGGAGCCGACACACACACGCGCGCGCACGUACGGAGACACACUGCGAGGAGGAAAGCUAGCCAGACAGGAGCGGCCAAAGCGUUUCAAUGGCAAACGUGGUAACGUCGUUCUGCUGUGUGGUUCUCGCUGCUUUGGUGGUCGCCUUCGCUCAGAGGCGCAACCAGCAAGGAGGAAGGAUACAGUAUGAGAAGAUCGGGAGUGACGUGACCAUGCAGUGCGGCUCUCUGGGCGAUGAUGCCUCCGCCACAUGGAAGGUGAACGGCACGGAUGUGAAGGCCCGACAGGCCCAGGACGGGCCCAGGCUGAUCCUGAUGGAGGUGGACCUGAGCAGCAACGGGCUCUACAGCUGCUUCCAGAACCCCAACGGGGAGCGGAGAGACCAGAUCACCCUCCGCAUGGGCACUCCACCGAAGGAGCCCGUGGUGACCUGCCGAUCGAACACCUUCCCCAACGGAUUCUACUGCAGCUGGCACCUCCAGCACCCCACCUACAUCCCCACCGAGUUCGAAGUGCACGUCAAACAUAACCAGAAGACCCUAGAAGUACAGAGGGACCCAGUUCACAAGAACCGGUGUCAUGUGAAGUUUCCUCAACUCUUCUCCACCUUCAAGUACCGGGUGAACAUCACAGCAGUGAACGCGCUGGGCAAAGCAUCUAACGGCAUCUCGUUUGAUGACUACACCAUAGUGAAACCUGACCCUCCAGAGAAGGUGGUGGCCACGCCCGUCCCCAAAAACCUCCGGCGUCUGGAGGUGACCUGGAACAGCCCAUCCACCUGGCCUGACGUGGAGAACUUCCCUCUCAAGUACUUCCUGCGCUACAGACCACUGAUCCGGGACCAGUGGCAGCAUGUGGAGCUAUCGGACAGCACCUCCCACACCAUCACGGACGCCUACGCGGGGAAGGAGUACAUCAUCCAGGUGGCGGCGAAGGACACCGAGAUCGGCACCUGGAGUGACUGGAGCGUGGCUGUGCACUCCACACCCUGGGUGGAGGAGCCAAAACAGAUCAGCUCCACCACUGAGGCAGAGGCUAUCUUAGAGACCACGCCCUCCCCGGCCCCACCCUCGGCGAAGCCCCAGCUGGGCGCCCCGCUGGGCGGAAGCUCCGCCCUCCUCUGGUCCUCCCACCUGCUCCUGGCGUCCGUCCUGCUGUCCGUCAUGUGAUCUCUAUGUCUCAUUCCUGUGGAAGAACUUGAGGAAACUCUUCUGUUUCUAUUUUGCACAUGUUAAUGGAUAUCGUGCAUUGAUAAUUUAAGUCAAGUUUGUCACAAAGAAAACCAAGAUCAAUAUUUGAACAACAAAAAACAAAAAAUGCCUACACAGACACAGUUCGUACAUCGAGGGGAAGCAAAAGAUUUGGGAACAUACGACUGAAAAGACAUGUUUGUCCGGCUGCACAAGAAGGAAUCUCAUUUUUAUUUUCUUUUGUCAUUUUGAUAAUUUUUACUGCUUUUAUUAGCUGACUUGAUGUAGAAAUGGUUUACUUUAUAGUCAUUAUUUACAGUUACAUACAGCUAACUCAUCAUACCAAAGACAUAUUUUGAAAAUAUUUCCCAUAAUCCUUGGCUUCCCAAACCCUGUGCCUGUGUACCACUGAAGACGCCCAGAGUGUGGUUACCAGGAGUCCGACACGAGCAACGAGGCGCAGGAACCGACCCUUUCUGGGGAAGUAUUGCAUUUUAUUUUUUACAGAUUUUUUUAAACUUGUGUCGUGAUGGUAUUUAAAAAAGCAAUUCUAUUCCACCUGCCUGUCACAGACUGUGUUUUUUAACUUAAAUCCGAGACAUGUUUGUCUCGUAUGAACAAGCCCGGGGCCAGGAGACCCUCCAUUUUGCUUACAGUUUCAUCGCCUUUACAAACAUGUUUCUGUAGUUACAUUUUAGCAGGCAUCUCAAGUUAAUAUGUUAUUCAAAAAAUAUAGUUGGGCUUUAUGUAUUUGUUUACUAUUACACAAAAUGUACAAUUUAGGAUGUUAGGUUUUACAGACAUUCAUAACCGCUUAAUUCCCCAGAUCAUAUUUUGUAAACUACAAUAUGUAUCUUUAACAUGAAAAAGUUUAUUAUUUAAUAAUGUAUGUAUUAGCUUUAGAUUCUUGUAACCUAUAAUUGGGUUCUUUUUAUAGAUGUAUAUAAAAUGAGAGGUUGUUCAUUAAAUGUGACCAUUUCACACUGA